AUGAGCAAGAAAAGGAUCCAGGAGAUCAUGGAACAAAGGCGGCUGAACAAGAUUGCCUCGUCGAAUGCGUGGCAUGCCAAGUUCGUGAAGAAGGGCGUUCUGAGAGAGGAUGGCAAGAAGCAGCCGAAGAGCGACGAGCCUGAGACCGAUGAGAAGCAGGAGACCGCAGCUCAGAAAGUGAACCCUGACAAGGCGAAGCAGAAGCAGGAGCCGUCUUCCAGCUCCGGCUCAGUGAACCCUGACAAGGCGAAGCAAAAGCAGGAGCCGUCUUCCAGCUCCGGCUCAAAGUUCAAGCCGUCAGCUCUCUUCCAUGCCAAAUGGGACUUUGUCUCUGGGCGGACACAGUUGGCUACCUGUUUCUUUAUUGUACGUGCCUUCCAGGCCUCCAACACCAAUAAGAACCUCAAGGGCCAAGAGCUGGUCAACGAGGCCAACAAGGCCAGCGCACUAACAUCGUGGUUUACACACACGUCACACCUGCAAACUUGA